UGAAUCUCUAAAUAUUUGUCUUGCACCAACGCAAGGAGGUCGUUGGAAAUAAUUUAUUUUUUUUAAUAACUCAAAAGAUGUUUUGCUCAGCUGCUUGGUGCAUUGAAAAUACAAUAAUUGAAACAUAGAAAAUAGAAGGGAGCCGCCGUUUCCCAACACGCGCCCCCAUUCCAUCGGUAGAACGAUACGCCACAAGUGUCGUCGGCGAAAGACGGUGGGAGCGAAAGAAAGAAGACGAUGUGCGGAAGGGCUCGUUGCACUCUCAACCCUGGCCUGGUCGCUAAGGCCUGCGGCCUCGCCGACGGCGGCGGCAACGCCUCCUCCGUCCUCACUCUCGAAAUGGACCGUUACCGCCCGUCGUAUAAUGUCUCGCCGGGGGCAUACCUACCGGUGGUGGCGGCGCGGAAGGAGGGGAAGGGUUCGGGACAAGGUCGAGAGGCCCCAGUCAUCCACUGCAUGAAGUGGGGCCUCGUUCCAAGCUUUACCAAGAAGACUGAGAAGCCCGACCACUUUAAAAUGUUCAAUGCUAGAUCAGAGUCAAUAAAGGAGAAAGCUUCCUUUCGCCGACUUAUUCCUACCAAUCGAUGCCUUGUGGCAGUAGAAGGAUUCUAUGAGUGGAAGAAAGAUGGAUCAAGAAAGAAGCCAUACUAUAUACAUUUUAAUGAUCACAGGCCUCUUGUGUUUGCUGCUCUUUAUGAUUCUUGGGUUAAUUCAGGAGGGGAGAUUCUUCACACUUUCACUAUUUUGACAACUCGUUCCUCAACAGCCUUGCAGUGGCUUCAUGAUAGAAUGCCUGUGAUCUUGCGAAAUAAGAGCUCCAUUGAUGUUUGGCUAGAAAAAUCUACACCAAAGCUUGAAGCGAUCCUUGGGCCAUAUGAAGAUUCUGAUCUGGUUUGGUACCCUGUGACCACUGCAGUCGGUAAACCAUCCUUCGACGGCCCUGAGUGCAUUAAAGAGAUAAAGCUGAAAUCUACUGGUGAAAAUCCAAUGUCCAAGUUCUUCUCGAAGAAAGUCGAUAAAAGCCAUUCCGAACCAGAACACAAGAAAUCAUCCAAUGAAUUUCCACAAACGGAUGCUUUCAGCAGUGUCAAAGAUGAACUCGAUGAUGCAGAAAUUGGAGAACUCACUAGGGAGGAAAAGAAUGGCAAGUCUGAUCACUUUGCGCUGGCCAAAAGCGAAACCAUUGAAUCAGAUGUUUGUGGUAUUAAACGAGAAUUUGAGGAAAUGGCAACUAAUUCUGUACCUCAGACUGAGACUGCAGUUGUCCUGCCUGCUAGUCCAGCGGAGAAGAAGGGAAAAAGUGUCAAGAGCACUGGUGAUAGACAAGCAUCGCUGCUUUCUUAUUUUGGUAAAAGAUAGAGCUUAUUGCAUCCGCACUAGCUCUUUUCGUUUUUCUGUGUAUGUUUCUGUUGCAUGUCUCAUAUGAAAUGGAAGUCUUUUAGUUUAUGGUGUGAAUCUUCCAUUGCUUUUAUAACAACUUGACCACUCAUGGAUGCUUUUUGUUGUUGUAACUGCCGCUAGGGCAUGCUUAUCAUACUUGUAAAGUUGAUCUAACCAAAGAAAAAAUUAACAGAAAAUCUGAUUUGAUAUAUGGACAUGUGAUCAGCUCACUGAGUUGUUGAUUA